AUGGAGUUGGUACGGGUGCAGCUAGGGUUUCAGAACAUGUUUGUGGUGGAUGCAAGUGGGCAUAAGGGAGGUUUGGCUAUGUUAUGGCAGGACUCUAUGGAGCUGGUAAUUACGGGCUUUUUGAAAAACCAUGUGGACUCAACUGUGAUCUUGGAUAUUGGUAGUCCACAAUGGCGAUUUACAGGCUACUAUGGCUAUCCGGAAAGAGCUCGUCGAAGGGAAUCAUGGCAAUUACUACGUACUUUGUCAGGCCAAACUGUCACUGAUUGUGGGUUUCAAGACUUUGGGUUUAUGGGAAACCAAUUUACCUGGGAAAAGUCAAGAGGAACUCCAGAUAUGAUAGAGGAGAAAUUAGAUCGGAUCCUUACUACAGACUCGUGGCUCACGUUGUUUGAAGGUGCAAAGGCCUGUUCUUUGACUUGCCCCUACAGUGACCACUUGCCGUUAAUCCUUAUGCCUGUGGUGAUUCCGAUGGGUAUUUGUCAUCGGAGAUUCUAUUUUGACAAUGCAAGGAUCCGCGAGGACAAAUGCAGGGAGAUCAUAUCUAAUAGAUGGAGCUGGACAAUAGGCCAAGAUGUUCUCGAUCAUAUUGCUGUGUGUGGAAUUGAUCUAGGCAGGUGGGGGAAGAACUACAAUAAAGAAUAUCAGCGGAAAAUUGAUGUGUGUAAGUCCCGACUUGAACACCUCUGUAUGCGGCGUGACGACACGGGUUUUGUUGAAUAUGCUAGAACAGAAAAUGAGCUCAUAUUUUUGUUUAACCAACAGCACACAUACUGGAAGCAAAGAGCUAAGGAGCACUGGAAUAAGGAUGGGGACCUUAACACGAAAUUGCUUCGGCCUAUGAGUGCGGAAGAGGUGCGUCGGGCGGUCUUCCAAAUGCAUCCUGAUAAAUCACCCAGGCCUGACGGAUUGGGGUCGGGGUUUUUCAAGCACUUUUGGGACAUUGUCGGAAAUGAUGUGACGAUGUUAUGUCGAAACUUCCUUCAUACCGCAAAACUGCCAACAAAUGCUAAUGAUACAUUCAUAGUGCUAAUUCCGAAAAAGCCUAAUCCAGACUCAAUGAAAGAUCUCCGACCAAUUGUGCUUUGUAAUGUGAUAUACAAAAUUGUGUCGAAGAGUGCAUUUGGACUGGGCCGGCUCAUUUCGGACAAUAUCAUGUUGGCUUACGAGGGACAUCAUUAUUUGAAGCGUAAAACUCAGGGCAGGGAAGAGGUUGUGGCAUUGAAAAUUGACAUGAGCAAGGCUUACGACCGUGUUGAGUGGCAAUUUUUAAAAGGUGUGAUGUUAAGGAUGGGUUUUCACCAACGAUGGAUUGCGAUCAUGAUGGAAACUUUGGUUUCAGUUAAUGAAAACUUAGACUACCUCAAUCAAGGUCUAAGAGAUUUGAAAGAGUCUCCUAAUGAUUAA